AUGCAGCGAGAAAGGGCUGCCGAUUCUGCGUCGAACGAGGGUAGAUAUGGUGCUUGUCGGGGGUUGGGGCCAGCGUGGAGGCGUCGGGAUAAGCAGCAGCGCGGGUGGAGGCAGGUUGGGUUGGGGGGCCUUUGGGAGGGAGGUUUUUGUGGGUUUCAUUGGCUUACUAAGAUCGAUGGUGACGGGGGGAUGACGGGGGAUGAUGGACGCUGGCUGGACGCUGGCAGGAGCAUGGCGGUAGCAGGGGGUACAGGAGACAGUCCAUGGAAGAACAGAGAUUGGAAAUGGAGCAUCCAGUCUGGAGGCAUGAGGUAUGUAUGGAUCUACUCUGUAUACUCAGUUCGUGGAUAUGGAGUGCAACGCCUCCCGCCAUGUCGACGAGGAGGACGGACCACCAAGCCACCAGAGAGAAGACGAUGGCAAUUCUCCCUUCAACACACUUCAACUUCUUCAGCCACGGUCCAACUUCUUUCUGCCUGUAAUUCAUCUCUCCCCCUUCGCCAGCCCGUCCUCCGCCGCCAGAUGCACGGCCCAUGUGCCUGUCCCUCUGCCCUGGCCACUGUCCGCCUCCUCAUUUGGCCUCCCCCAAUAAUCCGCACCAACGCCCGCCUGCCCUCGAACUACGGUGCUGGAAAUGUAGCAGCAGCAGCAGCAGCAGGAAUAGUAGCCGUAGUAGUAGUAGAAGCAGCAGCAGCAGCAGCAGCAGCAGCACCUAUGUAG